CAAAAAAUGAUUUUGGGCCCAAGUGCUUCUUCUUCCUAACAAUAAUAAAACCUAAAACCCUAACGUUUAUUAGUAGAAACCAGUGGUUCAGAUUGCCGCCUCUUUGCUCCUCCGCAGCAACAACUCUUGUGAUCUCUUUCUCUACCGAAUCAAAUCUUAGAUAAGAAAAGAUGGUCAGAGUUAGCGUGCUGAAUGAUGCUCUCAAGAGCAUGUACAAUGCUGAAAAGAGGGGAAAGCGUCAGGUCAUGAUUAGACCUUCAUCAAAAGUCAUCAUCAAGUUCCUCAUUGUUAUGCAGAAGCAUGGUUACAUCGGAGAAUUUGAGUACGUCGAUGAUCAUAGGUCCGGAAAGAUUGUUGUUGAACUGAACGGAAGGCUAAACAAGUGUGGUGUCAUUAGUCCUCGCUUCGAUGUUGGAGUCAAGGAGAUUGAAGGAUGGACUGCUAGAUUGCUCCCUUCACGACAGUUUGGGUACAUUGUGCUGACUACCUCAGCUGGUAUCAUGGACCAUGAAGAGGCUAGGAGAAAGAAUGUUGGUGGAAAAGUUCUUGGUUUCUUUUAUUGAGUCAUGUUGACAAGGAUGAAAACUUUUGGUUUGGUUGUUUGGUGGCUCAUUGUAACCGACCAUUUUCUGUUUUUCUUGUUACCAUCAAAUUUAGUAGAAUUUUAUUGAAAAUUUUGAGACUAUCUGAUUUUGUUGAAAAUCUUGCUGGUGCUUGUUGCCUGUUGAGGCCAUUGACAUCUAAAGUUGUAGAUGUUCAUGUUUGUGUUUUAUUUACUAUCAUAAAAGGCAAGAGAAACGUCUCUUUUCUUCUAA